GAUUAAUUGGUGACAGUGUUUGGCACACAAUAGGCUUUAGUGGCGAUUAUGACACAAUUAAUGCAAUCAUGCAUUGCAUGCGACUGUCUGUGCAUUCAUUGACACGUUUGACACGAUUUCAUGUGUUUUGGCAUUCAAUGCAAUAUUCAUGAAGCCAUUGAAACCAAUGUUUGCAUUAAUGAGUGAAUGAGUGCAUCGGCGGUGAAGUGGAGGUCGUGUCCAUGUAUUCAACGAACUCUCAAUUAGUGCCACAAUUGUCGCCAAUGAGUGACUCGACGCCACUGAGUGACCACCAGUUGAACAAAGAGCUGUUCACCGCCUGCAAGAACGGCGACGCCAUCCGAGUCCGCAAACUCAUCAACGCAUCCAAUGUCAACAUCAGAGACACUUCCGGACGAAAGUCGACGCCUCUUCACUUCGCGUCCGGUUUUGGUCGCAAAGAUAUUGUCGAGUAUUUGUUGGGAUUGAAGGCCAAUGUCUCGGCUGAAGAUGACGGAGGCCUUCAACCCCUUCACAACGCCUCCAGUUUUGGUCACGCAGAAGUGGUGCAGUUGUUGCUGAGGAGUGGGGCCGACCCUAACGCCAAAGACAACUGGCAUUUCACGCCACUCAUGGAGGCGGCCAUCAAAGCCAAGAUCGAGGUCUGUCUGGUAUUGCUUCAGAACAGCGCCGACCCAAACAUCACGAACGCUGACGGAAAGUCGGCCAUCGAUUUGGCGGAUCCGUCGGUGAAGAGUGUUCUCACCGGAGAGUACAAGAAGGAGGAGCUGUUAGAGUCGGCCCGUAAUGGCAAUGAAGAGAAACUCAUGUCGUUGUUGACGCCUUUGAAUGUGAACUGUCAGGCCAGCGAUGGGCGCAAGUCUUCGUUACUCCAUUUGGCCAGUGGUUACAAUCGGGUGAAUGUCGUCAAACUGCUUCUCACUCGAGGGGCCAACUGUCACGCCCAGGACAAGGGAGGCUUAGAUGGGCGCAAGUCUUCGUUACUCCAUUUGGCCAGUGGUUACAAUCGGGUGAAUGUCGUCAAACUGCUUCUCACUCGAGGGGCCAACUGUCACGCCCAGGACAAGGGAGGCUUAGUGCCCCUCCAUAACAGUAGUUCUUACGGCCACUUCGAAGUGUGUGAUAUACUCAUUAAGGCCGGCGCCAGUGUCUCGGCUACAGAUCUCUGGCAAUUCACUCCAUUACAUGAGGCUGCAUCGAAAAUGCGGGUCGAGGUGUGUUCGCUGCUGUUAAGCCAUGGCGCUGACCCUUACCUACAGAACUGUCACGGUAAGAGCGCCAUAGAUAUCGCACCGUCGGCUGAAUUACAGGAACGCGUCGCUUAUGAAUAUAAGGGUCACUAUCUUCUGGAGGCUAUACUUCAGGGAGAAGUGACUAAAGUUAAGAAAUACUUGACGCCAGAAAUGGCUAACUUUAAGCACCCGUUUACCGGCGAUUCGCCCCUCCAUUGUGUGGUUCUCUGCGCGCACUCUAAACGCAAACAAAUUUGCGAUCUUUUGAUCCGAAAGAACGCCAAUUUAAACGAGAAAAACAAAGACUUCUUAUCACCGCUUCAUUUGGCUGCAGACAACUCGAAGUUCGAUGUCUUGGAACUGUUGCUCAAAAACGGCGCUAAAGUUAACAUUUUGGACGCCUUGGGACAGACGGCUCUACACCGAUGCGCCCGAGACGGCAAUGUGGGCGCCGCACAGAUACUGUUGUCAUACGGCGCCGACACCUCAAUCGUUAGUAUACAGGGCUAUAGUGCGGAAAAGUUGGCCAAAGCUAACGUUCAGAAACUGUUGGCAAACCAUCGGUUGACCUCAACUGGAGAUACAGAGUAUAAGCUGUUGGAAGCGUCGAAAAUUGGUGACCUGGAUGUUGUGAAAGCCAUACUCAACACAUACCCACAUCUCGUGAACUGUCGCGACCUCGACGGCCGACAGUCGACGCCAAUUCAUUUCGCUGCGGGUUAUAAUCGCCUGAAUUGUGUGGAAUUCCUUCUCUCGCGAAACGCCGACGUCUCGGCCAAAGACAAGGGAGGGUUAGCGCCACUGCAUAACGCGUGCAGUUAUGGACACCUGGAAGUGGCCGAACUGCUCAUCAAACACAAGGCUAAUGUGAACGCAACAGAUCUCUGGAAGUUUACGCCAUUACACGAGGCGUCAGCCAAAGGCAAGAUUGAAAUCGUGAAACUCCUGCUCAUGAAUGGCGCCGACAAAGACAAGAAGAAUAGAGACGGCAAUCGAGCCAUCGAUUUGGUGAAGGAGACCGAUCAGGACAUACUGGACCUGCUUAUGGGUGAGGCGGCCAUCUUAGACGCGGCCAAAAAGGGUGAUCUCAAUCGAUUGGUGAAGUUAGUGACCGCUGAGACCGUCAAUUGUCGCGACUCUUCGGGCCGACACUCGAGUCCUCUGCAUCUGGCGGCCGGUUAUAACAACAUAGAGUGCACGCAAUUCCUCAUCGAAAAGGGCGCAGAUGUGAACAGUACUGAUAAGGGUGGACUCAUUCCCCUGCAUAACAGCGCAUCUUAUGGUCACUUAGAUAUCGCCGCUUUGCUCAUAAAAUAUAACACUUCAGUCAAUGCCACCGAUCGCUGGGGCUUUACACCACUGCAUGAGGCGGCUCAGAAGUCACGGACACAGGUCUGUGCACUACUCUUAGCGCACGGCUCCGACCCUUUCCUUAAGAAUCACGAGUCGCAGACACCUCUCGAUUUGGCGACCGCUGAUGACGUCAAAUGUCUUUUGAUGGACGCAAUGGCGCCAAACUCGCCGAUAGGUCUCUCGUCUUCAAUGCUAUCCUUGACUUCGAACCGCAAAUCCAUUGCUUCGAGUUCUCCACAAACGGAACAGAAAAGCAAUUCUGCCGGCAAUGCAAACCUCAGCACCACUUUAGACACGGUUUCGCCACAAAAUUCAUUGAAUGUCAUGCAUUCGGACGAGACUAUCAUUCCGUCGGCACUGACUCUACUGCUGUCCCAACGCAACAGUGAUCACGUGAACGGAGACUCUGCGAGCGGUCAGUGCGCUGACGGAACUUCCAAGAAGUCGAGCGCCCACUCCAUCACCAAUUAUUUGCCACCUCUCAGCUACCCGUCCAUUAAUAUGACCACAUUUCUCAGUGGUUUAGGAUUAGACCAUUUGUCCGAACUGUUCGUUAGGGAACAGAUCUCUUAUGACAUCCUGUCAGAGAUGGGUCACGAAGAGCUCAAACAGAUUGGUGUCAAUGCUUAUGGACACAGACAUCGACUCCUGAAAGGCAUUGAAAAAGUAUUGCUAUCAACACAUUCCAGUGCUGCUCAGCAUUCCGUACCAUUGAGUUCGGGAACAGUUAUGACUGACUUGACUCCAAACGACAAUGAGUUCAAAGCAGUGGAGGACGAGAUGCAGACCUCCAUCCGCGAGCAUAAAGACAACGGCCACUCGGGAGGGGUUUUCAAUCGCUAUAAUAUCAUCAAAAUCCAGAGAAUCAGUAACAGAAAGCUGUGGCAAAGGUAUUGUCACCGAAGGAAAGAGAUCUUAGAGGAGAACCACGACUACGCCAACGAACGCAUGCUUUUCCACGGCUCACCCUUUCUGAACGCUAUCAUUCAGAAGGGCUUCGACGAGAGGCACGCCUACAUCGGCGGGAUGUUCGGCGCCGGCAUUUAUUUCGCUGAGAAUAGCUCUAAAAGCAAUCAAUAUGUUUAUGGGAUAGGAGGCGGAACGGGAUGUCCUCAGCAUAAGGAGCGCUCGUGUUAUACGUGUCGCCGACAACUACUCCUAUGUCGGGUAGCGUUGGGUAAAUCAUUCUUCCAGUUCAGCGCCUUAAAGAUGGCGCACUCACCUCCCGGUCACCACUCCAUUAUCGGUCGUCCCAGUGGUGGUGGACUCACUUAUCCUGAAUAUGUGAUAUAUAGAGGAGAGCAGGCAUACCCCGAAUAUGUGAUAACAUAUCAGAUCGUCAAACCAGAUCUACAGACGUCUCAAUCGUCUUCCUUUUAUUCGUGAUUUCAUUUUUGAAGUAAAUAUUUAUUAAUUUUUCAUAUUUAUUAUAUAAAAUCAUAACAAACUCAUUAUUUAUCAUUUAAAACUCCUUUUUUACUGUAAACACCAAAUCAUUUCACCAAAUGUGCAGUAAUUGCCUUCAGUUUAAUCAUUAAUUUUUAUUUAAUUUAUUUUAUAAAC